AUGAAGGAACUCGAAACUAAAUUAAUAGCUUUCACUGUGCAAUUCAGUGAUAUUUGUGACCCCAAUCCAUGUGAAAAUGGGGGCAUCUGCUUGCCAGGCCUGUCUGAAGAUUCCUUUACCUGUGAGUGUCUGGACGGCUUCACAGAUCCCAACUGCUCUAGUGUUGUGGAGGUUGCCUCAGAUGAGGAAGAGCCAACUUCAGCAGGUCCCUGCAUUCCUAAUCCAUGCCAUAAUGGAGGAACCUGUGAAAUAAGUGAAGCGUAUCGCGGGGACACUUUCAUAGGCUAUGUUUGUAAAUGUCCCCGAGGAUUUAAUGGGAUUCAUUGUCAGCACAACAUAAAUGAAUGUGAAGCUGAGCCUUGCAAAAAUGGUGGAAUAUGUACAGACCUUGUUGCAAACUAUUCCUGUGAGUGCCCAGGUGAAUUCAUGGGAAGAAAUUGUCAAUACAAAUGCUCGGGCCCAUUGGGAAUUGAAGGUGGAAUCAUCUCAAAUCAGCAAAUCACAGCUUCAUCGACCCACCGAGCUCUUUUUGGACUUCAGAAGUGGUAUCCCUACUAUGCUCGCCUUAAUAAGAAGGGGCUUAUAAAUGCCUGGACAGCAGCAGAAAAUGACAGAUGGUCAUGGAUUCAGAUAAAUUUACAAAGAAAAAUGAGAGUUACUGGUGUAAUUACCCAAGGAGCCAAGAGGAUUGGAAGCCCAGAAUAUAUAAAAUCCUACAAAAUUGCCUAUAGUAAUGAUGGAAAGACUUGGACAAUGUACAAAGUGAAAGGCACCAAUGAAGAUGUGGUGUUUCGUGGAAAUGUUGAUAACAACACACCCUAUGCUAACUCUUUCACACCCCCCAUAAAAGCUCAGUAUGUAAGACUUUAUCCCCAAGUUUGUCGAAGACACUGUACUUUGAGAAUGGAACUUCUUGGAUGUGAACUAUCAGGCUGUUCUGAGCCUCUGGGGAUGAAAUCGGGGCAUAUACAGGACUAUCAGAUCACUGCCUCCAGCAUCUUCAGAACUCUCAAUAUGGACAUGUUCACUUGGGAGCCAAGGAAAGCUCGGCUGGACAAGCAGGGCAAAGUGAAUGCCUGGACCUCCGGCCACAAUGACCAGUCACAGUGGUUACAGGUAGAUCUUCUUGUCCCUACCAAAGUGACUGGCAUCAUUACACAAGGAGCUAAAGAUUUUGGUCAUGUACAGUUCGUAGGCUCCUACAAACUAGCUUACAGCAAUGAUGGAGAGCACUGGACUGUAUACCAGGAUGAAAAACAAAGAAAAGAUAAGGUGUUCCAGGGCAAUUUUGACAAUGACACCCACAGAAAAAACGUCAUCGACCCUCCCAUCUAUGCGCGGCACAUAAGGAUCCUUCCCUGGUCCUGGUACGGGAGGAUCACGCUGCGGUCGGAGCUGCUGGGCUGCACAGAGCAGGAGUGAGGAGACCCACACCCAGGACCUCCUCUCUGUUCCCUCCUCUCCAUCUCCAUGGAAUGAACUGUGCUAAAUCUGUAGGAAGCUGAAUGGGGUUUUUCAUGAAAAAGUGCUCAAAUGAUGGUAGGCCACAAACUAUCUUUUUAAGGAGGUCUAAGCCUGCCUUUUCAAAGGUUUAAGUUGAUUUUUAUUAUUUAAAUUUCUUAAGCAACAUCACAUAAACUGUGAAUUACUUUUCUCACGGUUUCCAAUCAUUCUCA